AGUACUUUUAUCGAUGCCUUGCCUAUCGCUAAACACCCAUAUCUACGGCCACCUAACGCUAACAAUUCGGGGACAAAAUCAAAUCGCAGGCAAAGAAUUAAGUUUAGUUAAUUAAAGUACGCUCAAGCACACUUAAAGUAAUAACAAAAUGAAGACGUGGCACAUGGUGGUAGUGAUCGGCUUCCUGGCGACGUUGGCCCAAACGUCGCUGGCCCUGAAAGAGGAGGACUGCGAAGUUUGCGUCAAGACGGUUAGGCGGUUCGCAGAUUCGCUGGACGACUCCACCAAGAAGGACUACAAACAGAUCGAAACGGCCUUCAAAAAGUUCUGCAAAGCGCAGAAAAACAAGGAACACAGAUUCUGCUACUACCUCGGCGGCCUGGAAGAAUCCGCCACGGGCAUCCUCAACGAGCUGAGCAAACCCCUCAGUUGGUCCAUGCCAGCUGAGAAGAUCUGCGAGAAGCUGAAGAAGAAGGACGCGCAAAUCUGCGACCUUCGCUAUGAGAAACAGAUCGAUCUGAACAGCGUGGACCUGAAGAAGCUGAAGGUACGCGACCUGAAGAAAAUCCUCAACGACUGGGACGAGAGCUGUGACGGUUGCCUGGAGAAGGGCGACUUCAUCAAGCGCAUCGAGGAGCUGAAGCCCAAGUACUCGCGCAGCGAGCUGUAGAGCUCAGUCAGUUACUUGUGUAGUUACAUGCAACACGCCCACUUAGCUAAAACAACAACCACAUGAAACGCCCCCUACACAUCCAUAUUUUUAGUUAAUUUACAAUUUUGAUAGACUUUGAGAGAAUUGAAUAUAACUAUAUAUGCCUAAUGAUAAAACCUAUAUUUUGAAAUAAAAAACAACAAACACACAAGACCUCGUGCUCUCAAACGGUUGAUAAAUAAA